CUCAAGUUCACCACUGGCCGCUAUUGGACACGGCAGAUACAAAUAUAUGCACGUGUUGCUGUUGUAUCUUUUAAACAAAACCCAGGCGGGAGUUUCUGUUAUAUGUUUGUUUUUUUUCAAAUCAUUACAUGUGGGUUGCUGAAUCCGCACAGAGAAGCAGCAGACGACACAACUGCGCUGAACCGCCUGUUAUCGUUCAGUAUUUUAUACGACUCGGGUUUGUUGUCGUUUAUGUUGCAAGUUUAUUUUUAUUUUUUUAUUUAUUUUUGUAUUUGUUUUGCAAACGUACACAUUUAAAAUGGGAAACGGCGACUCCAGCUUGUUCAGCAGACCGCCCUGCCCCGAGCUGUCUUUCCGACUCAAAGGCGCUCAGAGUCUGGCGGUGAUUGGCAGCGACGCAGUAGUGAACCCUCAGAGCCGCUCGGUACCCAGCAGACACUACUACACUCUGCCCAGAACAUCUGCACCCCAUGCUGGGCUCAUCCUGGAGCCCCAACGCUUCCACCCCCAGACCAAGGGCAAGAACAUCCGGCUGGACUCUCAGCUGCGCAGGGCCACACGCAAGAAUAGCUUCUGCAACGGGAUCGCCUUCAGCCAGCGGCCCGUGCGGCUGUACGAGAAGGUGCGGCUGCAGCUCUCUGGGGUGCACAAUGGCUGGAGCGGGGCGCUGCGUUUCGGAUUCACCAGCAUGGACCCCGGAGAGCUGAGCCCCGCUGACAUCCCCAAGUACGCCUGUCCCGACCUGGUGACCCGGCCCGGAUUCUGGGCCAAGGCUCUGCCAGAGAGGCUGGCCCUGAGGGACACUGUGCUGGCCUUCUGGGCUGACAGACAUGGUCGCAUCUUCUACAGCAUCAACGAGGGGGACCCUCUCCUCUUCCACUGCGGAGUCAGUGUCGGGGGACCCCUGUGGGCGAUCAUAGACAUCUACGGGAUCACACAGGAGGUCACGCUGCUGGAGAGCAAGUUUGCAGAGAGUGUGGGUUCCAGCCGGCUCAGCGCAGCCAGACUCAGCGCCUACCUCCCCCAGAGCAACCACGACUCAGCCAACUACAGCAACAACCAGCUCGAGACAAACCAAGCUGCCGCUGCCAAGAUCGCCACUCUGCAGCUGGGCAACUGCCACCAGCUCCCCCCCUGCUGCUCCUCCUCCUCCUCAUCCCGGGGCAUGCGGGGCCUUCCCCCCUUGCUGGACACUGACCUGCACUUCCACCCAGUGCGGGGCUCGGACAUCAGCCUGUCUGCUGAUCGUACGGCCGCAUGCAUCCACUGGCUGGACAGCAGCCGGACUCUACUGUUCACUGACCGGCCCCUACACGUCGGGGAGACCCUGUUUGUGGAAGUGGGCCACUUGGGGCUGCCAUAUUUCGGGGCCUUCUUGUUCGGCGUGACCUCCUGCGACCCCGGGACCCUGCGGACGAGCGAGCUGCCGUCGGACCCCGAGUUCCUGCUGGACCGCAAGGAGUACUGGGUGGUGUACAAAGGCUUCCCUGUGCCCAGCCCCGGAGACGUGCUCAGCUUCUCAUUGCUGCCCAGCGGAGAGGUCCACCACGGGGUGAACGGGGCCUCCCGGGGCAGGCUGCUCUGUGUCGACACUUCCCAGGUUCUCUGGGCCUUCUUCAGUCUCCACGGAGCCGUCAACCGCCUGCGGAUCCUGGGGUCCGUGCAGUCCAGCCCCUCGAACGGAUCCCCCGGAGGGACCCCCGAUGACAGCGACUCGGACCUGGCCUUCAGCGUCAACCGCUCGUCCUCAGCAUCCGAAUCAUCCCUCGUGACGGCACCAAGCUCCCCCCUGAGCCCCCCCCUCUCCCCAGCCUUCUGCCCCCCGGAGCUGCCCCCGGGCAGCAAGAACGGAGAAUGCACCGUGUGCUUCGACCAGGAGGUGGACACGGUCAUCUACACCUGCGGGCACAUGUGCCUCUGCAACGCCUGCGGGCUCAAGCUGAAGAAACACAUCAACGCCUGCUGUCCCAUCUGCCGCCGGCCUAUCAAAGACGUCAUUAAGAUUUACAGGCCGUGAAUUUCAGAGAUUUCCCCGGGAGCUCAGCCUCGUCAUCGGCUUCCCGUUUCCCUUCUUUCACUCUCGCUCCUUCCCGGGAGGAAUGGGCGUCACACACCCCGGCAGCACUGACGGCGAGAUGGAAACCUCAUAUCGCUGUACUGUAGUGUCCCAGAGUGAAAAUGGAUCCCCAGUGCCUUGACUGUGAUGCAGGAUGGAACUGAACCUCUGUUCUGCAUGCCCAUGAAGAGCGUAUGUGUAUAUAUAUAUAUAUAUAUAUAUAUAUAUAUAUAUAUAUAUAUAUAUAUAUAUAUAUACACACGUGCCUCAUCUAUAAGAGAACACACUCUGCAUGCUGUAUGCUGGUAUUGUAACACACUACACUUCCACAGGUAAUGGGACGCACAGGGGAAUGUACCUGAAUCAGUGUAGCCACUUCACAGGGGAAAUCAAGAGGACUGCAAUUAUACUGUUCAGCUACUGAGCAUGUUUGUGGAGUACAUGCAUUUUCUAAAGGGGUUUAUUAAGGGAGCAGUUUAAUGCAAUGCGAUUGGAAGUCUACAGUAUGCAGUUUGCAGCAUGUAAAUCUAAGUGGUUCAUCUUUUUAUCAGAAAAAAACAAACAAACAGCAUUGACUCUAAUCCAAGGAGUGAAACAUGUCAAUGAGACAAUCAGCUUUUUUAUUGCAGUUUUUAAUCCUGUUUAAUGUAACAUGUAUUCUACCACCCCAGAGGUCAGGGUCCAGUUUAUUAUCUAUACCAGGAGCAGCGCUAGUCCAGUGUUGAUGAAACGUCCUCUGUCUUCACCUCACAGUAUUGUAUUCCAGUCUGGAUAAAUGAGGUAGAACUUGGUAGCAUCCCAAUCAGUGGUUAGCUGACGGAACGUGUCCACCACACUUAUACAGCUGCUUUCACAGGCUCUGAUCGCACUGGUCUUUGACUUACUCUUGUUAAUUUAGGUAAGACAGUGCAAGAUGAGUGCUAAUCGGGCUCUGUGAAACUACAAGUAGACCCUUUAAACGCAGCAGUAAAGUAACAGAGAGCUGCUCGUCGUCCCGUUCUCCCUCUGCAAGGUUAAGCUGGCACAGUGACGCUUACACCCUGUUGAAGUAAAUAGUCUUUUUAUUGGUGUGUAAAAGAAGUGUUCCACUAGAGGGUGCUAGUGAGCUUUUUCCUGAUCGUGUUCCUUUCUUGAAUGACGGUGACAGUGGUAAAGUUGCAGGUGUGUGUAGUAAAGCUAACAUUACCCCCCCAGAGUCCACCCUGGUCCAGUGAAGCCUGGUUCCCUUAAUGCACUGUUACCAGGCAAGCAGGCAUAGCCCAGGCUCCAGGCUGAACCCCUCCUUCCCAAUGCAGGAAGGAAUACCUCACUGAGCGGUGAGGGAAGGUUGGGUCUUUUUUUAUUAUUUCAUUUCUGCAGCUCGGCAUCGAUUGCUAGACCUUUUUUUCCCAAUUUAAAUAAAUACACACUUGCAGGAAUAGAUUGCACCAAGGAUUGUGAGAUCCAAGUGGUUAAACUGAAUGCACUGCAGAUGACUAUUAAGAAAUGAAGACAUCACAGUCCCUGGAGCCAGAACCUGUAUGUCCAUGCCGGUAUGUGAGACAGAUUAUAACUUCGUGGUGCCUUAUCAGGGGAAGCUUUUGCACUAUUGACAAUAGAUAUAACAAGCUGUCGCCUCCAACUGACUCUUUUACGUCUGU